UUCUAGUUUCCACGAACGACAGCAAUAAAAACAUUUAUUUGUAUGGUAUGUGUUGUAAGAAAUUAACAAAAAUAUAUUUAUAGAUUUCGAGGUACAUACCUGGAUGCUAUGCAUAUUAUAAUGAAUAUAAUAUUUGUUACAUUUAUAGUUAUCUUACGAUUUUCAGUAGUAACUUCAGAUAAAUACAAAAAUUUGCCGCCUGUAUUCAAAAUGGAGGAUUACAUGGAGUGCAUAGAGAAAAAUCAUUCGUAUUGCAAGAUAAAUGCUAUUUUAAAGAACAGAGGAUAUGAAAACAACUAUCUAUGGAACUUGAUUAAUGAUUCUAUUAAUGAUAAAAACAGCUAUGAUCGCAGUAUUAUUCAUAGGGUCAUAUGCGUUCCAAAGAAAGAAGCUCUUGAUUUACAAUCAGCUAAAAAGUUUGCUGAAUUACAUCUAAAUGAAGAAAUUAAGGAAACUAAUUUAUUUGCACUAGUAGAAGAAAUUAUUUGUACCGCAAAAAAUAAAGUUAAAAUAAUUGAAUUUUACGAUCAACUACUACUGUAAGUUUUUUUAUGUGAAUUUCUCUAAAUGGAAAGAAUUUAUUAUUUGAUGAUUUCAAAAUAACUUGAAAAUAAAAUUAUGGCAGAUAUCUAUUUAAAUUUACUGAUUUUUAGGUUUUCGUUAGUGGUAUAUAUGUCUUUAAUUUUAUACGCUACGGUAUACGACAGACUGAGAGGAAAUUGUUCAAGUAAA